UUAGAAGCUGACCUAGGCUGGAUUUCAAGAAAUACCUUUAUGGGGUUUAUAAACAAUAGCUGGCUCCAGCCACCCACUCUUCUUCUAAUAGGCAUUCCUGGACUGGAGGCUGUACAGAUAUGGAUCUCUAUCCCACUAUGUGUCAUGUAUGUAAUUGCCCUCUUAGGGAACUUCACUAUCCUCUUUGUUAUCAAAACCACCUUUAGUCUUCAUGAGCCCCAGUAUAUCUUUCUGUCUAUGUUGGCAGCCACAGAUCUGGGUCUGUCUUUAUCAACUCUACCUACAGUGCUCAAUGUCUUCCUCCUAAAUCAUAGAGAGAUUGAGUUCCACUCUUGCUUAACACAGAUGUUCUUCAUCCAUACCUUCUCCUCCAUGGAGUCAGCCAUCCUACUGGCCAUGGCAUUUGAUCGAUUUGUAGCUAUUCGAAACCCACUACACUACACUGUGGUCUUAACCCCUCCUCGGAUUACUGGGAUGGGACUUGCUGCCUUGGUUAGGGGUGUGGUAUUAAUGGCACCCUUGCCAAUCCUGCUUAAGCGAUUGUCCUUCUGCAAAGAUGUUACUCUAUCUCAUUGUUACUGCUACCACCCUGAUGUUAUGAAGCUGGCUUGCGGUCCUGUCAGAGUCAACAUAAUCUAUGGGUUGUUCCUUGUCCUCUGCUCCUUUGGAGUUGACUUUAUCUUCAUUGUCAUUUCAUACAUCCUGAUUUUGAGAACAGUGCUGGGUAUUGCCUCUGAAGAUGGCCAAUUCAAGGCACUUAACACUUGUGUUUCUCACAUUUUCACUGUAUGCAUUUUUUAUGUGCCACUUAUUGUGCUGGCUCUAAUUCAUAGGUUUGGUACAUUUGCAUCUCCUCUUCUCCAUGUCACCAUGGCCAAUCUCUUCCUCUUCUUGACCCCUGUCCUUAACCCCUUAAUUUAUAGCCUAAAAACUAAACAGAUAAGGUCUGCAGUACACAAGAUAUUUAAGGGCAGGAAAAACUAGUUCAAAUAGUCAAGUAUGGCCUUAGCAAAAACGAUGCCCUGAAUCUCUGUUCCCCCUUUAUCUGUCAGCUUCCCUCUUGGAAAUUUUUCAUCAUUUAAAAGUAUGGUUUUGUGAGAGUUGAGAUAUUUUUUUCUUGUCUGUCAAGAAGAUGAUAGUAUUUUGGUUAUUGUCUUUAUCCAAUUCAUCAUCCACAGUAUUGCAUUAAAGAUCAUCCUGAAAUGAUUUUUAUGUUUCUUCUCUAUUUAAAUAUUUAAGUUUAAGUAGUUAAAUGAUUUACAAUUAAUUAUGUGAUAAAGGUGAAGUUAUUAAAAUGUUUUAGAAAGCUCUUUAUUUGCUUAUUCUUGCUCUUCUCUCCAACCUCAGCUUCAGCUACAGAUUGCCACUUCUCAAAGUAGAUGAUUCAACAUAUUUUUACACAAAUAUACCAGCCUUCAUAUUACUCGAAGUUUUUACUAAUUGCUUCAUUUCAAAUUUCAUCACCAAUCUUACAUAGACAUUUUUUAUUAAGAAUUUUUCUAACAUAUUAGUAGAAUUGGCACUUUCUACUACCCCAUAGAUAAUUUUAUUAUAAUGCAACACUGUUUUACUUACAUCUUCAUGUCUGUCAUCCUCAGUAGAUUAAGAACUGUUGUGAGAAGGCAGUGUGUUGUUUUAUUCUGAAUAUCUGGUAUUCAGUGCCAGAGUAAAUUCUAAUUGUCAUCUGCAAUUAAUGAAUGAAUGUUUAUGGACAUAGUUGAAUUUCACAAUCACAACUCUUGUUACAUGCUAAUAUAACUACUGUUAAAUGACAAUCAAAGAUCAUUAUUAUCUUUGCCAUUGCAUCUUCAGGGCUUUAUGAAAUAUAUGUAAGAUUGUGUACAAUAAAUACAUAUUGAUGAAUAAAUGGAUAAAUUAAUAAAUACAUCAACUGAGAGAUAACACUGGUUUGUACCUAUAACAGUGUGCUUUUGCACAUUAAAAUGUAACUAAAAUAAACAAGGGAAAUUUUUAAAUACUUUAUUCUUGAUAAAAGAGAGUUAUUUAAUAUCUAUCUAAAACUCUAAACUUUAUAUUACUAAAGUUAACCUUUCUUAAAUCAAAGGAGGUGUUU